AUAUAAACAAGCACAAAGCAUUCUGCACUUGACUGUGUUUGUUGAUCCACGUCAAGAUGUUUCUGAAGAUUACCCUCAUCAUGGUCAUUCUGGUCAGCAUGCUGUCCAUUACAGAUUCCCUUAAAUGUUACACCUGUGCUGGGAGCAAAUGUACUGAGAUGACCUGUCCUCCAACAGCUGAUCGCUGUUUGAAAAUAGAAACCUCAGAGAAAGGUGUAUUCGGUAAAUCCUGUGCCCCAAAAGCUGUGUGCGAUGUCAAAGGACCGUUUAAAACUUGGUGCUGUGAGGGGGAUUUGUGUAACGGUGCUGGAACCAUCGGGAAGAGCCUCCUGCUCCUGCUGGUGCCGUUGGCCUCCAUCUUCCUGCUCUCCUGAGCUGUCAGAGGCUGCAUCCUCCAUCCUCCUCACCUCUGGCCUCCAUGCACUGCUGAUCAGUCAUUUCCCAUCUAUAACCAGGGUUAAUACAUAUACUUUGCAACAUCUCUUUAGCUAUGAGGUUAAUCCAUGGGGGUGGGCUAUGCAUGGUGAUGCAUUUAUUUUCUUCAUUCUUCUUUAUGAUUAAAGCAUGAUUCUGAUUUAUUGGGUUACUGGGCACUGUGGAUGAUACAUGGGUGUGGUAAACACCUGGUUUAGUUUUUCUUUUUUUUUUACUUGCAUAAAACACUGUCCUUCGGUUAAUACGGCUAAAACACAGGAUUUACUGUGGGCAUUAUGCUUUCCUCAGAUAUACCAUAUCAUGUGAUGUCUGGUCAUAUAUGUUUUUUUGUUAGGUUGUUUCAGAUAUUACUGAUGCCAUUUGCAAUCACUUUUAUAUACAUUUUCAUCACGUGUCUGUUGUAAUUGGUGAUUUUUUUUUUUUUUUCAUUAUUGAUGCUUGCAUCGCAGAGAUAUCCUAUCCUAAUACCUUAAACUAAUGAAUCUUUGCUUCAAUCAGUGGUCAACGUGCAUCAUACAUUUGUGAUAAAAGGCUGAAUUUGUGAUAAAAUAAGAAAGGAAUGGACAUUCCAAAGUCUCAAGUGUUUCCCGUCAUCAUGGAAACCACAGAAGGAUUCUAAUUUAAAAGUAAUGUACUGUAUAAAUGGUCAGUAUAUGUCCUGUUUGGUUUUGAAUUGGCCUGUUUGAUGUUGACAAUACAGCAAUGGCUGCAUAUGAAUCCAAUGGAUCACAAUAAAGUAAUCCAGUUCAGUAUAA